GAACAUCUACUUCGACUACAUCACCCCUGCAUCACGCCUGCACCGAGCAGGCGAUCAUGUCCACUCCCGUGACAUCUUCCGCUCCAUUCCGGUCCGACACGAUCGAACCACUUACGGGGAGUAACUUCCCUCGUUGGAAGUCCCAAGUCGAAUUAUGUUUGGGUUGUAAUGAAUUUGACUAUGCCUUGAGGGAAGAAAAACCUGUGGCACCUGUGGCAGGUGUCACAGGGUAUGCAGAACUCAAGAAGGAGUAUGAUGUUAAGAUGGAAAAGUGGAAUAAGUCCAACCAUAUUGCGCUUCUCAUCAUGAAAGCGACAAUAUCGCCGGACAUUUCUGAAGCACUCCCUAAGAAAGAUACUGCUAAAGAUUUCCUCACUGAAAUGGAGGAGCAAUUUAAAGGCUCCGACAAAGUGUAUGCUCAUGAGCUUUUUGCUAAACUUCUUCAGAAAUACACUAUUGACGGAAAUGUUAGGCAGCACAUAUUGAGGGUGGUAAAUGCUUUCACCAAGCUUAAGGCUUUGGAGUGUUCUUUAAGUGAAGCCCUUCUUGUCAUAAUUAUUCUUGAGUCUCUUCCUGAAGAGUUUGAACAAUUUAAGGUCAACUAUAACUCUCUAAAGGAAAAAUGGCCACUCUCUGAGAUGACCGCAAGGAUCGUCCAGGAGGAAGAAAGGAUCAUGAGGCAGAAGAAAGACCAUGUCUUUCAUGUUGGCUCUAACAAGAGAAAGCAUGACGGACAAGGUUUCCCUAAGCCUCAGAAAAGGCAAGUCAAGAAAGAAGGCACUAAGCCAUUCAACCCUAAGGCAUUCAAGGGUAAAGAAGCCGGUGGUUCUUCUUCUGCUCCUAGCAGCUCCACUGCUGGAGAAAAUGCUUGUAACUUCUGCAAAGAAGAGGGACACUAUCAAAGGGACUGCCCAGGCUUUCUAAAAUGGAUGAACAAAAGAGGGAUUCGAUACGAUCCAAACCAUAAGAGGAGGAACAAGAAAGCUUAAGGUUGCGAACGGAGUUGAGGCCGAUGUUGAAGCUGUGGGAUCUCUCACGUUGGAGCUACACACUGGCCACACUCUUAGAUUGAAUAAUGUUAUUUAUGUGCCUACCUUAAGUAGGAAUUUGAUUUCAGUUUCUCGUUUAGAUGAUGAUAUGUAUGAGUGCCAUUUUGGCAAGAAACAAUUUGCUUUGAUCAAAUGUAAUAAGA